CUAGCAGCUCCUAUAACUAAAAACACCAAAACUCUGAACUCUGCAGUCACCUUUCUCUCCCUCUCAUUAUCUCUAUCCUUACCAUUCACCAUGAAAAUUCUCCUACUUAUUGCUUUGAUAUGUUCAUUUAGGACAGUUUCAAUGAGUCCUCUUAAAUAUGACUCAAUCUUCAGCUUUGGUGACUCUCUUGCUGAUACAGGAAACUUCCUUCUCUCCGGUGCCCUCACAUUUCCAGUCAUUGCACAGCUCCCUUACGGCAGCACAUUCUUUGGACACCCAACGGGCCGAUGCUCCGAUGGACGCUUAGUGAUUGACUUCAUUGCCGAGGCUUUUGGGCUACCAUAUGUACCACCCUAUCUAGCACUAGCCAAAGGCCAAAAAUUCAAACAUGGAGCAAACUUUGCAGUUGCUGGAGCUACUGCACUUGAUGCAAAGUUUUACUAUGACCAAAAAAUAUCAAUCCUAUGGACUAAUGAUUCGUUAAGCGUUCAGCUCGGAUGGUUCAAGAAGCUAAAAUCCACACUUUGCACCACUAAACAAGAAUGUGACAACUACUUCAAGAGAUCUCUCUUUCUUGUGGGAGAGAUCGGUGGAAAUGACUAUAAUUACGCGUACUUUCUUGGUGGUAGCAUUAAACAGCUGAAAGCUGUCGUGCCUCUGGUGGUUGAAUCAAUUUCUGCAGCCACCGCUAUGUUGAUAGAGGAAGGUGCAGUGGAUUUGGUGGUGCCGGGAAAUUUUCCGAUUGGGUGCUCGCCGGUGUACUUGACCUUGUUUCAUAGUGUUAACAAAGGAGACUAUGAUAAGAAUGGGUGUUUGAAAGCAUACAAUGCUUUCUCUAAAUACCACAAUGCUCAGCUCAAACUUGCACUGGAGAAAUUGAGACAGAAGUUCCCACAUACAAGGAUCAUUUAUGCUGACUAUUAUGGGGCUGCUAAGCCAUUAGUUCACACACCACACCAUCAUGGAUUUUACAAUGGGGUUUUGAAUGCCUGUUGUGGAGGGGGUGGACCAUACAACUUUAACAAUUCUGCUAGAUGUGGUCACACUGGGUCCAAAGCAUGCAUGGAUCCUUCAGCUUAUGCAAACUGGGAUGGGAUACACUUAACCGAGGCGGCUUAUCGGUACAUUGCCAUGAGUUUGAUCAAUGGCCCUUUUACUUCUCCACCUCUCACAACCUCUACCCUUGAAUAAGAGCUUGUUUAGUGGUGGUGGUUACUUUGUAAUGGCUUAUCGGUACAUUGCCAUGAAAUUGAUCGCAUCAUCUUCUUGAAUAAGAGCUUGUUUAAUUAGUGGUGGUUACUUUGCUGAGUGUUGAAUUGUUCAAAGGAUGGUAUGAAAUUUGAUUUUUUUUCCCA